AUGGGCGUGUGGAAGAAGAGGGAGGGUCGCGAUUUUGUCGGCGUUGCUGUUUACAGUAGUGCUAUUGAUGGCGGGUGCGAGGCAGAAAGAGGUGAGUGGACCUUCUUCGAGCUUCACACGCUUUCCUCUUCUUACCAAACCAUAUCAUCAAACCUCGAUCAGUUUUCGACCUGGCGACCGCAUCUCCCGCAUCUCCCUUCAUCAAUACCGACAUCUCUCCGUAAGCUCUCAAGCACUGCGCUCCAACUCGAGAAUGGCACGAUAUCUCACGUCCCGGGCAACCUUCGCAAGUCGUCGCCGAACUUCCAUCUCCUUCUAUCGUCUCUUGAACACGAUGCCGAUUUCUGCAAGACCACCAUGUCUGCUAUGAUCAUGAACUACCCGCCCCCGACCAUCGUUAGUCCGCUCGUGGAUCCCGAAAAGAAGUCGGAUUGGGAGAAAGAAAAGCUGAAGGGCGUGCUGGCAUAUCUUGAGGACAGGAAGGUGGUCAAGGAUAAUGAUUUGGUCAUGCUAGUCGAUGGGAGAGAGACCUGGUUUCAGCUGCCAAGCGAGCUUAUGAUCAGGCAGUAUAUGAAUGUGGUGGCAGAUGCGAAUCGGAGGGUUCAGAAGGAGUAUGGCAAGGUUUUCUCUCAGACCAUUGUGUUUGGGGCGAAGAAGACUUGUGAAGGAGAUGACGUAGCUUGUAGACAUAUGCCAUCGUCUAUCCUGCCGCGUGACGUAUAUCGUACCGGCGAGGGUAUGAAGGAGACCGAAGAGCUCGUGCCGGCGAAAUACCUGGAUGCGGAGACAUUGAUGGGGCCAGUCAAUGAUUUGCGGGUACUGUUUCAAACGGCGCUGUUGGUGCUUGAGCAAGGAAAAAGCCAAUACCGGACUGUGCAGUCCGUCAUGAAGACCCUUUUCGGAGAGCAGAUGCUGGCGAGACACAUCUAUAAGAAAGAGAACAGGCCCGCCGCGUUGAAGAUGUAUGACCACGUUUCUGGAGCACUGUUGGGUUCCAAGGAACAGGGAAAGACAAGCAAUGUCAUACUCCAGGGGGAUCGCCAGUACGAGUUUUCUAUUGGCCUGGACUACACGCAUGCACUAUUCCAACCGUUGAUUGAAUGCGCUGAAGGCGAACUUCUUACCACCAAGCGCAGCAAUGAUACUGAACCCACGCAAAAACAUUAUCCACAGAUGUCACACAUCUCCUCUGACCUGCCCUCAGCUUUCGUCAACGCAACCGGUCCUUUCUGGAGACCCGACGAUUCCAGCCACGACCCCUCUCCCAACGACAAGUCAGCUUACAUUGACAAGCUAGAAUACAAGUACGGGCUCGACAAGCUCCCUCGCCGUGACACAUCAUGGACAAACAUAUCACUGAUCCAGAACACGUACACUGGCGCUGUCCCUGCAACAUUCCGCACAAAUCACCGCACUCUCUCGCCCGGAAGCGAGCAGAACCAAUCCCGUGUUACAAACCUUGCUGAGACGCAGCCCUAUAACGUAGACGUAGCCUGGACAUCUCUCUGGUACGCCGGCUACGAGCGCGCUCUCCUCCGCCGCUACUUCCGCACCCCGCAGUCACCCAUGGGCUACCACACCGCAGCCAUCGGAGGCGACCUUCUCUGGGACCAACGCGGCGGUCGCGGCGGUGUGUGGACCGCCGACUCUGGACUGUGGCUCCCAUGGGGUGAAGUCGACGGGGUGUGCGGAACUUACGAAGUUAUUAAUAACGUCUUUGGGGAUAAGAAAGGAGUGUGGUUUCACGAAGAUGAAGAUGGCGGCGGGAAGAAGGGCAGGGAGCAAGAAGAGGAGGAGCUCAGGAAGCAAGAAGAGGAGGAGAGGAAGAAGGAUGAGGAGUGGAUCCAGAAGGUGGAGGAGGAUAGAUUGAAGAAGGAAAGGCAGGAGAGGGAACAGAGGGAAAGGGAUCAAAGAGAAAGGGAUCAAAGAGAAAGGGAGAGGCUGGAUAAGGAGAGACUUGAGAAGGAACAGAAGGCGAAGGAAGAGGCCGAUAGACAGGCAGCGGAAGAUGCAGCAGCUACUGCCGCUGCUUCUAUAGUCGUUAGAGAGCUGGCAAAUAUCGGCAUGGAGAAUGCUGCGCCGGACUUUGCGAAGGCACAAGGAGGACAGCGGAGGAGACGAGGAUGA